AUGAAAAAAUUGCGCGUUGAAACCAAGCUGUAAAUUGGUAGCAAUGCGGCACAAAAGUUUGCUCUUUGUUGCCAUUGUUGAAACACAACAGACGCGUCCUAAACAAGCGAGAACUGUCAUUGUGUCUCGAGUCACGAUAAACAAGUGUAUAAAGAAAUUUUUUUUAUAAUUAAAAGAUAUCAAAGGCAAUCAUGGAGGCGUUAUUGCCUUCUGAAAUAGCUCGUUUGGUUCUUGCUUCUGGUCUAUAAUACGUUGGAACGAGCAAAGUAUACGCAAACUGAUAGAAGUUUUCUUAUUUUUUAUUGUUAUUUGGAAGAACAAAAAUGUACGGAAGCAGCCAAACUAUUUUUAGAAACAUCUCCGCAUUUACAAGAAUGUCGCACAGUACUUACUCAUGGAAGACGAUUUAGCACAAAAGUUAAUGGUUUUAAGUUGAUGGAUGUUAUUGAGAAGUUCUCUGCUAUUAGUAGUAUGAUUCAAGAGAGAUUUAACAAAGUUACGGAUUGUGAACAGUCGAAGCAUUGUGGAGAUGUAAUAGAACAACUAAAGUUUCUUGUGGAAGAACCACGCGGUCAACGAUUUGUUGUCAAUAUAAAUGUACCUUCGCAGAGUAACGCGCAAACAUCAAAUGGUUUGCCUGUUCUUGCGUGCAAUAUGCGUAAAAGACGUCACAGUAAUAGUGAACGUAUUAAACGUGUUAAAUCUCAGUCGAAUUUGGAACAACAGAUGGACCCGGUAACGAGUCCACCGAGUUGUCACAACGUUGACGCGACUCCGCUAGAGAGUUUGCCUGGAAAUAUUGAUCUGUUUAAACAGACGGAAUGCGAAUCGGUGGAGAAAAUAGAUGGUAAUGUUGCGCAGGAAUUUCGCGAACAAUGCGAUUUUGAUAAAAUUAAUAUUACGAACGCCACCGCCAUUGGAUGCAAUAGAAGUAGCAAUGCUCGGAUGAAUACAGGUGCUUGUGAUAUCAGCGAGCCAAAUGGUAUUGCGAGCGUUGGAAGUUGCGAAAUGGAAGUUGAAAGGAAAAAGGAACAACUUUGUACGGUACCUGCGAGAUAUACCACAGCCACGAGUACGGAAGAGUUGUUGACUUUUGCUAGCACCGAAGUUCAAACUACUCCGUAUUCCGAAAUACCCGAGUCAGAAUCCGAAUCGAAUGACGAGCCUAUUGAAAAUCUCAGUAUAUUAACGAAAGAAAUCUUGAAUCGUACAGAAUUGCAAGAAUGUAUUGCGGAAAAUAUCAACAAAGCCAUCGUUCCUACAGACCUGUCUUUCAAGGACGAGAACUUGAAUGAAUCGGUUGGUGAAGGGAACACUUCGUUCAUGGCUGAAUUAAAUACUACUGCCAUAUAUAAAUCGAUCGUUGAAGCAACGGAAUCCGAUCCUGUGUUUGAAAAAUUUCUCAAUGAGUUUAUUAGGCCCUACACAGAGACCGAUACAAGUCCGGAGGAAGAUGGUGUCGAAGGAAAAUCGAGUCCAAAGUCUUCUAUAGCGCAAAAAAAACAAACGGAAACAGGCGUGAGCAACGUUGUUGAUUUGAACACGCUGGAGAGAGAUAGCUCGGCGAUAGCGGAUACUGGAAUAUCUGGGGAAAAUGAUGAGGCACCGGACGUGCCUUUGAAACACAGACUUCGCAGUUCUUCCAGACAACAGUGUAACAAAAUCGAGGACGAAGAUCAAGACAAGACAAAGGAUCGAGAAAGAGAGCAGAGCAGCGUUUUGGAAGAUCAAAAUGCUGCCGCAGUGCUGAGCAUUAUAAAUGCCAAUAUUAAUAAUAACGGAUCUGGUAAAAAGACUUUUGAUGAUGCGAAACAAAGUAUUAUUGCGAAUAAUAAUAACGGUAAUGAACAAAAGACGCAAAUAGCGCAACCUGAUAGAGCGAUAAAUAAAACUGAUGUUCCGAAUCCCGCGACAUUGGCGGACAUUCGGAAUGUGAAUAGUGCUUUACCUGCGAGUAGUACCGUACAAUCUAAAGCAAAAAAGACGAUGGUAAAACGACCGAGAUCUACGAAAUCUAAACGCGAUCGAGCGAUUGACAAUAAUAAUUUAGCCAUAACGGAACACGAAAUCAUGACUAUGCCAACGUUAAUAGUAUGCUCGAAAGAAGAAGUGAAAAUGAAUCAUUUUGUAGUUAAAUCGGCUCCCACUUCGCGUUUCAUUCCGAUCGCUCCGAAGGAGAGCAGUUCUGGAACUGUGGAGACUGUGUAUCUAAAAGCGGUAAAUGUAGCGCAAAAAGUUCCAAGAGUUGGAACGACGCUGCCGGCGACUGUGGUGGCGGAAGAACCAAAGAAUUCUAUAAUUCAAUUAUUUCGAGGAGAAAAAGAUGGAGUGAACAAACAAUUGAAAUCUACGCAGAAAAUUGAAACGACGAUGCCGACUGUUGAUAUUCUUAAUCAGCAAAUACCCAAUUGUCAUUCGGUAGAAUCGAUGCGUACUGAUUGUAAGAUUGUUGGAGGAGAAUCGAUAACGCUUUAUGGCAAUGACGAAACCAGUGCGAAGACAUCGUUGGACAACACCAACAUGCCUAUGAUCAAUCUUGAAGAGAAUAUCAGUCUGUCGGAAAGUGGAUUUUCUCCGUAUUUAAAGUUUAGUUGCAGCAAGACCAGCCAAAGUCAUAAUCUCUCGGAUAUUGAUCUAGCACCCGUGAUAGAAAGCGUGAAGAGUUCAGCGACAGCUGAUAAUAAUAACAGAACCACGGACGCGCAGCUGUUGCCCGCUAAUAACGCUGAUAUUAUUACAAAACGUACGCCAAAGUCUUUGUUAAAAAGUAGGUCUAAAAAUCAUAGAUUGAGCUUGUCUACACCGCGCAAACGAAGCAGUCAUAUAAGAGCGCUUGAUUUCGGCACUCCUACGAGCACUCCUGUGAGAGUAUUGAGUUCUGUUGCGAAAACGAACGGGGACGAGAACGCGCAGUUCUCGUCCGCGUCAACGAAACGUUUGAAAUCGGUGUGCCGAACCUCGUUGUUUAGAUCGCCGUCGCUCUCCGGUACUUCUCGUAAGCAGAAAAGUCCGUUGAAAGUUUGCCAGUCUUAUAGAAUUCCCAUAGCGACCAGAAGCCCCGCACCCAAGCUGAUGGGUGGUUGGGACAAGUAUAACGGUGUUGGUGUUAUUAUAGGUGAUGCGUCUCCGCGUGGGAGUACCAGUGCGUCUUGUUCUUCUUUGGAGGAUAGAAAUGUUCAACGUAAGGUGUCCAAGAUAGUAGGAAGUUGGGACGCUGAUUUGCGCAAAGGUAUACAAAUGAAUAUUGCGAAGGAGACUGAAAUUAAGAAGUCUGCGAGAAAAAGAAAAGUUCUGAACAAGGGCAAUGGUACGGUGGAGAUAAAGACUAAAUAUAAUCGAUCGGCAAGAAACAAAUGUAAGAAAAAGAUUUGUGAAAUAAACAAGGUAUCUGAUAACGACGACGUGGAAAGAAUCGGCGAAUCGAAAGAAAGAAUUUCUGAGAGAUACUUGAAAAAUGCAGCGUCGGAAAAAAAUUUUGCUAGUGUGGCAACGGAAUUGCGAAGUAACGAGAUGGAAGAGAUUAAUGUGACGAAUCUUACUGCUAACAGAUCCGAAAAAAUUUCACCAACGGGUGAUAAUUGCGAGGCGGUACGAGUGAGUAAUACAAAUGCGCUGAAACAUAAUAUAGUUGAAGAGAAGAAACCCGUAAAAAAAUAUGCGCAACUGACAACAAUAACGACUAAUAUUAGAAAAUCUGAUAUCAAGAGAGACAAUCGCGAAGAAGAUACGCAAAUUUCCGAGAUUUCGAGACUUCUAUCUGCGGAUUCUGUUGCGCGAUUGCCCGACAUGAUCAGCUUGGAAACGCCUAAAAAACUCGACAACAUCGGUCCUCCACCGACACCGAGAGUUCUCAGUCCCAGUAGCGGUACGCCAUUCGUUAAGGUUAGCGAAGACUCCGGUAGACUGCGUAGCUUCAUUCCCACGCCGGAAUUUCCGAUAACUCCGGGUAUAAAUCUGACUCCGAAAGAGGAGACAACCAGAGAUAUCGUAAAAAGAGACGAGUAUAAUUCGCCGUACUACAAGCCUACUUCUGAGCAAACUCCAAAUUCUGACUCGUCGAUAGUGUCUAAAAGUGUGCGGGAAUCGCCCGUAAUAUCUUCGUCUCACAUAAAAAUACAUUCGACGCGCAACAAUUUUGCUUCUCUUAAUACUUAUCAAACAUGUACUUCUAAAUUGGAAAUAACGCAAUUUGAGGUGAUUAAAGAGAAUUUACCGAGGGAAGAAGCUAUCAAGGAGUUAAAAAUUUCAUCCACUUCUAAAGAUUCGGCGAGCACACCGGAACUCAACACUCCUAACGUUGUCGUAGAUGAUCACCACCGCGUGGACCUUGUAGAGAUAAAUGAAUUUAAAGACGUGAGUGAACAUUGCGAAAAAAUAAUCGAUAAUAACUACGUUGUCGCCGAUGUUCGCAAUGAUUCUCAUAACGAAUCUGCGUUAAGUAACAUCUCUUUGUCGACCACUUCAUCGUCGUCUUCGUCAUCAUCUUCGACGUCAUCAUCCUCGUCGUCAUCGUCAUCGACUACAUCGAAUAAUUCGACUGUAGGUACGUGUUCGGAUACUUUGCAAGUUGAAAAAUGCGAAAAAAUAUCACGGAAAACAAGUCACGCAAACACCAGUAACGAUUCUGCGGAGAACAAUAUAGUUAAAACGGUAAACGAUGUAAAUUUCCAAACUAAUACUGAUAAAACAUCGAAUAAUGAUGUUUUGAUUGAAUCUGAGACCUCGCCGAAGAAAGUGUUUGCGAUCGCAAAAACCGACGAACAGAUAGAAGCUACGAUGAAGGAAACACCUGCGAAAAAUGAAAUUCUGUUAAACGAAGAUGAUAUUUCGGAAACACCCAGCAGCUCGAAGAGUGGAGUUGAAAAUUUGACUAACUUGUCGAUCAAAAUAUCAGCGAUUAUGACAGAGGAGGAAAAACGAUCCAAAUUAAGCAAACAGUCAAAGACUAAUGUAUAUAAUAAAAUACAAAUCAAUAAAUUAAAGCCUAAGAUAAUAAAUAUACAACGUAUCCGGCGAGGAUCGGUGAUAAUCGGUGAACCUGCGAGACCUGUUCAUCAAUUUGAACAAAACUCGCUCACAUAUAAUCAAACUCUACAAAGGCAGCAAUUGGAAGAAAAACGACAACGUAUGAUCGCAAAGAUUAAGGACAAUUCAACAUUUAAUCAUCCUAGUGUACCGAAACAUAAACGCGUUAUGAUGAGAAAAACUUCUGAUAAUUUCAAAAGAAGCGCUCAGUUUGGUAGAAGACAACGAAAUGUGCAAUUAAUGGCGCAUAAAUAUUCUCGUAAAACGAGCAUCAAUAGGAACGUUAAUAAAAAAAAUACGGAUCUUGAAGAUCAUAAAAAGCAAAAAGCUUCUACGCGGGAAAGAUAUACUGUGCGAAAUCUCGUAGAAGAAUGUGAGAAUGAAGAAGAAAUGAAAAACCGCGUGCAAAGCGUCGAAUCAAAACGUACAAACAAGUUAAAGAAUUCUGACGACAAUAGUAAUGAGCCACUCGAUAAUCAGACGACAAAACAAUUAUACAAUAAUCAUAUCUCGAGAGUAGAAAACGAUGCGAUAAAAAAUAAUAACAAAAGUGAUGAGUUUACGCAGUCGCAUAAUUCAAAUGAUCCAGAUUGUGUAAAAGAAAAAUCAGACAGUAAGGAGAAUGCGAAAGAAAGCUGCUAUUUUGAAGAUAAUAUCGCUAAAGAAGAAAUAGCGGAUUCAGUUGAAGCUAAUAAUAUGCGGAUUAAAGAAGGAAGAGUUACGGGAAAAGAAAAAAAUUUUGAAAAACACGUCGUCGUACAAGAAAAAACAGUUUUGGAUAAAACAAAGAAAGAGAUGCAUAAUCAAAUAGAAGCACAUAAAGCGAAACAGUUUGCAAAUAUUACUGAUAAGUCUGAGAGUUGUAUGAUAUUACGGUACAAAGUGGAUUUAGUGAAGCGUGAUUUGUUUAGUGACGGCGAAGAGAAUGAUCACAAAAUAUCAUUGGAUGUAAACACGAAAGAUGAUAAGACUAGGAAAAUUACCAAAUCAGAACCUCGAAAUCAAGAUUUUGUUGAAAUAUCGACGGAAAGGGAAAAUGUUAAUAGCGAAAAUAUCAAGCAGGAAUUAUCAAUGAAUAAUUAUCUUCAAUGUUUACAAUUAGUACCAGCGAAUAAGAGUGAGCAUUUCCACAAUGAAUUUGAAAAUGAACAAGAACAUGGAGAAACGCAACAAAACAAACAUGAACAAGUUGAUCGGCAAAAUGAAGAACGUAUCAAAGAGAAUAAAAAUCAAACUUGUGAUGAAUCUAGGCACCAAACAGUUGACAGUCCCAAUUAUAAAGCCGAGUAUCACUUUGUGUAUGACGACAACGUGCCGAUGAGAAAGAGAAGACGAAGAUAUAGCGGACACGAUCUACAGAUCAAAAUCAAUUAUGCCGAUCUUUCCGACUCGAAUCCUGUUGAAUGCAUUAAAGUGAUGAAAGCUACCGAAUUUCAAGAAAUAUUUAAUUUAUCGCCAAAACUAUCUAAGAAACGGACGAUGAAUAAAAAAUCAAACGUGCAAAAUGAGAAAGAUUAUAAGACAUGUGAUUUUCAGACGGAUAAAGAUGCGAUUGUAUUAAAAGAUAUUGUUGCGAAACCCUUAGCUACCUCGUCUCCUACAGACGUGCCAUCGAAAGCUAAAGUAAAGAAGGUGAUUGUUAAGACUGCCGCAACAAAUAAAGCUGAUAAUAUAAAUUCUGAUGCAAACAAAAAGCAAGUAUUUGGUGGCUAUCAAGAGAAAGAAAUUACUGUCAAAAACCGAAAGAGAAAGUUGUCGGAAACGAAAGAAAUAAAACAGAUUGAAAAGAAGCCAUGCACAACUGAUCCGCAAACAUUACUUAGCAAUUUGGACAGUAUACGUUUGGACAAAUUUCUCGACACAGUUCACGGACGUAAAGCUUAAUUGCUCUCUGUAAUCUUGCAAAUGUUACAUAUCUGUGUAAAUAUUGGUUUUUGUGUACAUAUGUAUGUAGUUUUUCUAUUUUUUUACGACAGAGUAUUAAAGUACUCACGCAGAUAGAUAGAUGGAGAGGGGAAGAAAGAAAGAUGCCAAACCAUAAAUUUUUUUUUCUUUUUUUUUGUUUAAAAUAUUAAAUAGAGUUAGAGAAUAAGUUAGAGUUUUUCACAGGAAUUUAUACAUUGUUUUUAAAAGCCAAUCAUAUAGCAGUGUGUAUAUAGUAAAUAAAAUAAUUUAUUCUUUUUUUUACAAAAACGAAUUGGUUUUUUUUUUUUUUUCUUCAAAUUAGUACAUAUUUUCUCAUAAAGAUAAAUAUAGCUUUUCAAAUUUAACUUUGUAGUUAUUGUUUACCAAAUAAACUUAAUUUUUCAUCAACUACCUUGAUUGAUUAGUGUGUAAAAUAGAAUAAGUUAAAUGGUUUAAAUCUUUUCUGCUUGAAACUAAAAGUGAUAUGUUUCGUUAUUGAAGUAUGUUUGAAAAAUACUGUAAUGAGUAAUUGCAUAUUAUUGUCACUUUUUAC